CCGAAUUGAGUCUACUCCAAGUUAAAAUGGCAGCGAAAAUCAUGAUCAGAGCAGCCAUUGCUAUCAUGCUGCUGCUUGCAGUCGGAGAAGAAGCCAGUGCAUUGUUGAUUCAGAAAAUCAUAGAGAGCGACGACGGCGACACGAUUGAUUGCGUGGCCAUCUCCACUGAAAUUCUGCAGCCGACGAGAAGCAUGAAAGCUAUCGUAGCCGACUCCGACAUUGCCGUUGCCGCGGAGGAACGGCCUCAGUCCUGGCGUAAAGGUGGGGCUGGCUGCCCGUCGGGAACCGUUCCGAUCCGGAGAUCGCCGGCGGCCAACGACAUGAAUACUACGGAGGCCUUCUCCAUUGCCGGCAAAGGCGCCCCACCGCCUCGUGAAUUGUCUGGCACGGUGGAGAAGGCUGCUGCUUACGGCACGAACGGGCCGUACCACGGGAUUCGGGCGGAGGUGCCCGUCUGGAGAGUGAACGUGAACCAUCCCGACGAGUUCUCCAUGAACUAUGUCAUGAUUGGCUGCACCUUGGAUACAUCCUGGUUGCCCGGGAUCGGGGCCGAUCCACCUAGCUCUCUCCCCAAUCAAAUUAUGGCUGGAGUAAUGACCUGGCCAUCUGUCUUCGGGGACUCGCUUUCAAGAUUGUUCGUGUACUACACCAACGACAGCGGAGUGCACCACAAUUGCUUCAAUACAGAGUGUGGAGGCUUCCAAAUUACAAACACCAAAUAUUCGCUCGGUACAGCGUGGUCAGGUGAAUCACAGCUUGGAGGACAGCAAUAUGGUGUAUAUGUAGGCAUACACAGAGACGAUACGAAGCUGAUCUGGUGGGUGUCGGUCAUGGACGUGGACAUCGGCUACUUCAACGACACUGUGUUCGACACGAGGUUCCCCGAGGGCUCCUACGUCGAGAUGGGAGGACGGGUGCUCAACACCAGACCUGGGGGGAAGCACACCACCACGCCCAUGGGCAGCACUAUACCGUCGUGUGCCAGUACGCUCUACGCAGCCUCCAUCAAGAGGUACCUCGGUGUUAGCGCCCUCGGCCAGCUCUUCCUAGACCAAGUAGACAGGACCGUCGCUACGGUGCCGAGCUGCUACAACGCCAGGCAUAUCGGAUUCGGCAAGAAACAACCCGGCUACCAGACAGCCUACGGAGGUGCUGGGGGGAAGUUCUGUGACCUCUGAUCGACUCAUUUCGAGACAAAGUGGCUGAAAAUAAACUCGUCUUCUUUAUAUGUUUAUGGCUUAAUUUUCGAACUACGUACUACAU